GGCUGACCCAGCGAGCUCCCUCUGCCACCUGACAGCAUGAACACUGAGGCCAAGUUCUUGGAGCUGGAGAAUGGGGGGCUGCUGCCCAUCAGGGAGUCAGGCUCCAACACAAGCUGUUUCUGGCGGGCUCUGUGUGCACUCGCUGUCCUCGGCUUGUUGCUGCUUUGUACCUUUCUCUUCCUGCUUCAGUUUGGAGUGCUCCCUACAAACCAGGAUUCAGGAUUAAAGCUGGAAGUCUCCCAUCCCUCAUUGACAACAGCUGCUCAGACCAGCGGUUUGCACCGACUCAUGAAGCAGGUGGGGAGUGACCCCCGGCCGAGAAUCGCAGCUCACCUGACAGCUUUCCCAACCAGGAAAGGAGGGAACGUGAUUUGGCAGAAUGAGAGUGACUCCACAUUCACUGAGGGCCUGGAGUUCAGGGACAACCAUCUCAUUAUCAAGAGGCCUGGACAGUACUUUGUCUACACCCAGGUGGUCUUCCACAGCAUGGAGUGUCAGCCCCAGGCCGUCUACCUGAGCCACGAACUCACCAAGCUGUCGCCAAGUUAUCCUGAGGAAGCCAUCCUACUGAAAGCCACCAAAUCCGCCUGCCACUCUCACCAACGCAAGGAGCCUUGGUACAAAACCUCCUACCAGGGAGCCAUCUUUGAGUUCCUGGAGGGAGAUCAGAUCUUCUCCAGGGUUAACGAGAAGACAACGGGAUAUGUCGACACAACCGAAGGGAAGACUUUCUUUGGAAUAUUUGCUGUAUAAUGAUCCCGGGUCACUUCCACUGUUUUUCAAUGACUGUUCAAGAAUUUCAAAUUGAAAUGCAGAUUGGGGCACAUUGUCCUCACCAGCACUAAUUGCACAAUGAGAUGAACUUCUUUAUUUUAUUUAAAGGCUUGCAGCAACAUAAGUUCUCAAAUAUGCAGGGAUUUUAUGUCUGGGUUGUCCAGGUGAAUUACCAGGAUAGCAAACCCUGAUUUCUGCAUAGCACCAUAUCACUCAUCAGAGCCCAUUAACCAGGGUUUCGGUAUUUUCAAAUUAAGCUGUUUUGAAAUGUUUUGACACAACUCUGAAGCAGAUAAGACUUCAGUCUGGCCUCCUACAUUGGAGUUAGGGACAUUACUACUCUGCCACCAGACUCUGAUAUUCAGCAGACGAGCCCGAAAAGGCUAAAUAGCCUCCACUUUUCCCCAUGAUGUUCCUAUUUCCCACAGACUGGGAACAGCUGGGAACAUUCAUUGCUGUCUGUGUGAUAACAUGAAUUGCCUUGUUAAAGUGUAAGCGGAGAGUUGCAAAUAAUUGUGCUCUAACUAAGCUGAACUGUUCAUUUAAGCAAACAUUACACACCACUAUUUAAACGUCCUGUGGCAGAAUGGUAAUAUCUCCAUUUCUGAUUCCAAAAAUGUGUGGGUUGAAGUCCCACCUGCUUCAGCAGCAUUUCUUAACACGUCAGUUAGUCAAUUGAAAUUAUCAGUAAGACAGUGGUUCUUAAUUUAUUUCGUAUUUAUAUCACAUUUUUUUGUAGUUUAACUUAUUUGAACUUUUACUCCUUAUGGAGACAUUAAUUAAACAAUCACUGGAACUAACAAGCGGGGUCUUGGGUCUGAUCCUCCGAAUGCUUUGCUCCUGAGAACAGGAACUGGUUUUCCUGAUAGUGCCCUACUUGUAUGUUUAUGUAUCUCUAUUAUUGAGACCCUUGUGGCACAGUGCUAAUGUCCCUAGCUUUUGAGCCAGGAUGCUUUGAUUCAAGUGCCACCUACUGCUGAGGCUUGUCAUAACAUGACUGAAUGUGUUAACAAAAGAAAAUAUUGGAUGUAGGUUUGCUUGCUGAGCUUGAGGGUUCAUUAGCGAGUCACAAAGAUGCG